CGAGCACAUAGACAAUUGAGUUCCGGAUACCACUGUGGUUUCGUUUUUAAGGGCAGCCAGUGCUGCGCGGUGCAACUUCCCUCUUGCAUUUUUCUAUGCGCCUCGAGCUGCCCUGCAUGGGAGACUGCAGCUUCGGCACAAAACUGCUCAAACCUCGGUGUCAGUCUCAUCCUCUGAUAAACUGCGUAUCGCUUGCUGGAAAAAGAUCUUGGAAGAGCUUCCGGAGAAUUACUAAAGGAGAAAGCAUUAACCAGGAGUGAAAAAAGACAAUGGAUCCAGACUUUCUAAAUGUGUUUACACAGCAGGCUGCACUUAAUCAAUUUGAAGUUGAAAAUGACAUUGCUCAAGGAGAGAAGAGGAAACUCAUAAAACCCACCUCUCGCAAUAAUUCCAAAUUGGAAGAAUUAAAACUGUUUUUGAUUGACUGGAUUAACACAACUCUGAAACAGGAACACAUAGUAGUCAAAAGUCUGGAGGAGGAUUUGUUUGAUGGGCUGGUACUUCAUCAUCUUUUGGAAAACCUAGGAUCUCUCAAGCUCGAUGUUGACAAGAUUGCAUUAACAGAAAAAAAACAGCGACAGAAGCUCUCUGUGAUUCUGGAGGCGGUGGCUAAGUGUUUGCAGCUGGAAGAAAAUCAGCUGAAAUGGAGUGUUGAAUCUAUCUUGACAAAAGACCUACUGAGCACGUUGCAUCUUCUGGUUGCAAUAGCAAAACACUUCCAACCGAAUUUGGCUAUUCCUCCAAAUGUUCAAGUGGAAACAAUCACUAUUGAGAACACCUCCAGAGGAUUAAAGACAGAAACUAUAGUGGAAUGUAUCACAGAUGCCAAAGAAAAUUUAGAAGACCAGUCAACGAAUGAUGCCUUUGAUGAAUUAUUCAGCCAUGCUCCAGAUAGACUGGAUGCAGUAAAACAGGUAUUUCUGCAGUUUGUCAACCAGCAUGUUGGAAAAUUAGGAUUAAAUGUGAAAGACAUCGAAUCUCAGUUUGCAGAUGGAGUCAUCUUACUCCUGUUGAUCGGACAACUGGAGGGUUACUUCCUGAAUUUAAGGGAUUUCUUCCUGACUCCAGCCAACACCGCAGAGAUGCUUCACAACGUGAACCUUGCGUUGGACUUGCUGACAGAUGGAGGACUGCUCAAUUUUUCUGUGAACUCUGAAGAUAUUGUGAAAGGUGAUAUGAAGACUACACUGCGGAUUCUGUAUUGCUUAUAUUCCAAAUAUAAGACCAAAGAAACAUGAAGAGGAAGGCUAAGCACUUGGACCUUUUUUUCUUGCUUUUCUUUUCUUUCAUUAUUUUCCUGACAUGUUGUGGUCUGAUUUUUUUUGAACUUCCAGCUGUAUGUUUGUCCCUGUGCUUGUAUGUGCAUGCACUUGUCUUUCGUGCUUGCUGUAUUAAUAUGUAUAGACAAGUAUGUUUUCAUGCAAAAUUUCACAUAUACCGCUUGAAUUUCCUGGGUAUAUGAGUUUAACUAGAGCAAAGUCAUUCUGUAAUUCUGAAGCUAUCCUUUGCUCUUUCUGAGGCUAUAAUAUGGGAAAGAAGUCUAAUAUGUGUUUGUUCUAGACUACAGUGUUUUUGCCUCUGGAAUGGGAUUUGGAAGCUAGUAUUAUAACUUUGCACUUUUCUGGUUCUGAUUCACUCUGGAAAUUAGAGAGAUGGGUGACCCAUCGUGGUAUCUCUGCAAAUAUAACAAAUAUACUUGAAGCUCAAGUUCAAAAGCUUUUGUGCAGAGGUGGCCAGCUGCUCUCAAACAAGGUUGUGUGGAUUGGAAAGCAAAUGAAUGUGUAAUUGAAAGGAAACCUGAACUUACAAAUUACUUGAUAAAAAUUACUCCAUUUGCCUGCUCAAAUCUGGAAGGGGAACUCAGAACCAUGUGCUAACGUGGGACUGUAUGAUAAUGAAGGGGACUCCUACACCACCAUGGAAAGACCUCUGCCACUCCCUUUGGCACACUAGUGCUGCGGGUACUCUCAGCUCCCCUGGGACUCGCUUAGCUGAUUUUGUCCAGCAGUUGUCCCAAGCAUCCCAGCAGCCCCCCUCUGAACACAUUUUUGCAAAAACCACAAUUUAUGUUAACUAUCACCCUGGGUCUUUCUCUGGGGUUUUAGAUCAGAACUCCUUCAAAACCUCCAUCUGCUUCUUUGACCUUAAAAUUAUGUCAUAUUUGUGUUGCAUAAAGCUCAAGUUCCAAUAAAAAAAAAAAGUUUUGAUACUAUUUUGGCUUUCCUCUUAACUGACUUAAUUUCCUGUAGUCAGUGAUUCUGACAUUUGAUCUCUGAUCUGAUCCUCCAUCUGUGUGUUAAGGAGAAACCAAAGCACGCCUAGUGUGAGGUCUGACAUUUACAGUUGAGAAUGUGUUGUGUCUAGUUCUUGACACGCAGCCUAGGGAGGAUCCUCAGAUAGCAAUGGUGAUACAUCCUCAAGUCCUGCCUUUGAAAAUGAUGAUAAUGCAAAUAAUAAAAUUGCUAUAAACCUAAUCCUUUUUGCACCAAUAAUUACCUCAUUAUGUUUUUAUAGAGGAAAAGCCAAUGUGUGGUGCCAAUGAGCUGCCAGAUCAACUUGUUUCUCUAGCAAAAAUUAAUUAUGUAUGCCCUUUCAAAAGAUUUAAGUCAGAACUGCUUGCUCUUUCAUGUACAACUCUCCAUAGGUAUCUUGUUUUUUUCCUUUAUGGGCUUCAAACAAUUGCUUGGGCUUUCUUAGAAGUUAGUCCUCCCUUUGCGGAGCUCUGCUGUCAUUGCUGUAAUAUUCCCAGUGGGUUACCGAAUAAAUCACUCCUGAGUGGAUAAGACAAGGAUGCUGCUUGUGGGGACCAGGGGCCAGGAAAGGAUUUGGUGGUGGUGCUGACAAUGCAGUAGGGGCAUUGCCUUUUCCGUCUAGGAACUAACCUAGCCCUGGUCCGACGGCAACUAAUACUCAAGGAUGUAGUUUGAUUUUCUUUUCCUCUUUCCUGCUUUCCUCUUUCCUCAUGUGGUGAGUUUUGUGGUCCACCCAUCUAGCAGAAGUCAAUGUGGUGCUUUUGAAGAUUUCACAGUCUUGCACGUUGCUGUUGAAGGAAGUCUAGUUCUGGAUAUUCAAUAAAAGCGAGGGCCAUAUUCCCUUCCUUACACCAGCUUGCUUAAA